GCGGCAGCGGCGGUGGCGGCGGCUCGCGCAGCUUGUUGGCUCACUAUAUAAAGGGGAGAAGCGGGCGGACCGGACGGCUGGAGCUGCAGCCGGUGGCGGCAGCGGCGGCGCGGGGAGCGGCGACCGGUGGUGGUUUCCCUCCUUGGUGCGGGGUGGGGAGCGGGCAACGCCCCCCAGGACCCCUGAAGGGUCGUGGCCUUUUUUUUUUAAGGGCGAUUCUCGAGUUUUUAGCUCCGAGGACUGCUCUCCUCCUCUACCUCCUCUCACCGCUCCCCUCUCCUCCGUCAGAAUACGAUUUUGUUUGAAAAAUUUUUCCCCCCAAUUUUGCGGUGGCUUGGGUCACCCUCCGGGUGUUCUUUUUUUGUUUGUUUGUUUUUGUUUUUAUCUUUUCUCGGGGUUGCCCCCCUCUUGUUUGUGUUGUGUGUGGAAAUGGCGAACUCGGCAAAUACAAACACCGUGCCUAAAUUAUACAGAUCUGUGAUUGAAGAUGUAAUUAACGAUGUGAGAGACAUCUUUUUGGAUGAUGGAGUCGAUGAACAAGUUCUGAUGGAACUAAAAACUUUAUGGGAGAAUAAACUAAUGCAGUCUAGGGCAGUAGAUGGAUUUCAUUCAGAAGAGCAGCAGCUUUUACUGCAAGUUCAACAGCAGCAGCAACCCCAGCAGCAGCAGCAUCACCACCACCAUCACCACCAGGCUCAACCACAGCAGACAGUACCUCAGCAAGCGCAGACCCAGCAGGUCCUUAUUCCUGCGUCUCAGCAAGCUGCAGCACCACAAGUUAUUGUUCCUGAUUCUAAGCUGAUACAACAUAUGAAUGCAUCAAACAUGAGUGCUGCUGCUACAGCUGCUACCUUAGCACUCCCUGCCGGUGUGACUCCUGUUCAACAGAUAUUAACAAAUUCAGGCCAGCUUCUUCAAGUGGUCAGAGCAGCCAAUGGUGCCCAGUAUAUCUUUCAGCCUCAGCAGUCAGUAGUUCUACAACAACAGGUUAUACCACAAAUGCAGCCUGGUGGAGUACAAGCUCCUGUUAUACAGCAGGUACUGGCCCCUCUUCCUGGAGGGAUUUCACCACAAACAGGUGUUAUCAUCCAGCCCCAGCAAAUCUUAUUUACAGGAAAUAAGACUCAAGUUAUACCUACAACAGUGGCAGCACCUACACCAGCACAAGCACAGCUAACCGCAGCUGGCCAACAGCAGCCACAGGCCCAGCCUGCUCAACAGCAAGCGCCGCUGGUGUUGCAGGUUGAUGGGACUGGGGAUACGUCAUCUGAAGAAGAUGAAGAUGAAGAAGAAGACUAUGAUGAUGAGGAGGAAGAAGACAAAGAGAAAGAUGGAGCUGAAGAUGGGCAGGUAGAAGAGGAACCCCUCAAUAGUGAAGAUGAUGUGAGUGAUGAGGAAGGACAGGAACUCUUUGAUACAGAAAAUGUUGUUGUAUGCCAAUAUGAUAAGAUACACAGAAGUAAAAACAAAUGGAAAUUUCAUCUCAAGGAUGGCAUUAUGAAUCUUAAUGGAAGAGAUUAUAUAUUUUCCAAAGCCAUUGGAGAUGCAGAAUGGUGAAGAGUUGGUUCUUUCCUUUUAUAAAUAAAACAAAAGAAACUUAAAAAAAAAUUUAAAGUGGACAGUUUGUAACUUGGGACAUAUACCAACCAAAACUUAACUUCUGCAUGUCAGAGAAGUGCAGUAGAAGCAGAGCUACUGGAACAAAGAGACCUUGACAACACAGACACUACUUCUAACUGGCAAGCCAUGGAACUGUAGCACCUGGGGUUGUUGGGGUGGCGAGGGUUGGGAUUUUGUGUAAGAAAACCGUAAUUGUCGAUUUUAAAUACAGGUACCUGCCACUGGUAACUAGCAUGUAAAGCUUGGUUUAUAUUCCUUCCUCCAACUUGAGUUCAGUCAGAAGAUACUUGUUGGAAUGAACUGAAGAAACUUCCCUUUUGAUAGGUUGAACCGAAACUGCUUAUUGUACGUGGUUAUAUUUGGUAAAAAUUGCGUGUGAGCUUUUUACAAAAGGGUAAGAAUAUGUGUUGAAUUUUAAUUCAUUUGUAUAAGGAAACAAUUUAGAACUCUCAUAAUAGGUCUUAAAUAUUUUUACUUGCUGUUCUCCUUCAGUAAUAUAUACCUCUUCCUUCCCUGCUUUAUGGAACAUCUAUUUAAGAGUUAAAGGAAGUAAACAGUGAUCACAGUUUGGAGACAAAAUUUACCCAGGAAUGGGUAUUUAUUUUAAUUAGGUUUUGAGACUCAUUAAAUGUAGUUUAAAGACUUGGGUCUCAUCUGAGUUGAGCAGAAUUAAAAUAACUUCAGUUUCCUAACAGAAAAAUUGUAUUUGUUUCUUUUAGCCCCCUCACCUUAAAAAGAAACCCCAGUGGCUCCUCAGGAAUACAGUGUUAUUGCACAAAGGUACCAUCCAGCUGAAAUUAUAUACAUGUGAAUAGAUAGAUUUUUUUUUCCUGUUGGGCUGAAGAGUAUAUGCUUAUAUAUGUGUUUAGUCUUCAAGCUAAACAAACAUUUAGAUAACAUUCUGUGCAUUGAUUGAAGCAUUGGGCAGGUGGUGAGGACCUGGAAUUUUAUUAAACAAUUUAGUAAUUAUAAAAGUUUUUUUGUGUUUACUAGUAAAGAAUUUUAAAAUGAUUCUAAGUGAACACACUUUUAAAAUGCAACUUUGUAAUUUGAGGGAGAAAUUUUGGGGUUAGAGGAGGGUGGGCCACUAAGUACAUAUUUACCUCUUUCAUUUGGUGGCCCUUCCAGGCCAUUGAUAAUAUAGACAUGGGCUCCAGUUUGCACAUCGGGAAGAAAGCAUAGAAAUUUGACUUGUAUAUUAAAAAUAAUAGAAAUGUUAUAUGAUAUUAAGAAUGCAUAGCUCUGUAUUCUGUAAGGGGCUAUAAAGAACAAUGUGGCAGUGCUAUGUUCAGUGUGAACGAGUUGCUUGGGAGAACUGUAGGAACUUGUGUAUUCACCUUUGUUCUUACACCUAAUUCUUUUCAUGGUUUAUUUUGACAAAAUUCACAUGUGUUUAACUUACUUGUAUAUUGAUUUUUUUUUAAGUCUUCCAUUUUUGUCUUCCUUUUAUUUGCCUUUGUGUUUCCAGAAGUAACAUAGAAACACUUUAAAGUACAUUGCAAAGAAAAACUGUGAGGUAUUAUAUAUUGUUUUUCCUUUUUUAACACAAAUCUUUAAACUUUCUUGAAAAGGCUAAUCUUUUUUCUUUUUCUUUUUUUUUUGCCUGCUUCCCACCCCACAUACCACCUUGGUCCCUUUAACUUACGUUCUGAACUUUGGUAUAAAUGUGGUUUCUAGCAUGCUAGUAGUUAGGUUUUAUUUAGAUGCCAUAACUGGUGAUACGGUUUUAAUUUUUACUAUAUUAAUUUAGUUUUCUGGAGGUUUAUUUGUUUACCCCACUAUGCUCAAAGCACACACAGGUUUUGUUUUUUUUUUUUUUAAUUAAUGAGACUGGGAGGAGAGAAGGGAGAGGGGGUAAAAUCACAGAAGUCCUGUUGUUUGUUUGCCCUUGAGUAUAGUUGCUAGUAGGUUUAUAUUUACCCAGUGAAGAAGUCAAUGACCUGAACUACCUAUAAAAGUUUAGCAUUGCUGCAGUGUUGAUUAAAACCCUUUCGCUAUCUAGUAGUUCUUAUGCUACUGAACCUUGGAUUACUGUAUGAUAUUCAGCUUAUAUUUUGGGCUCUCUAUGUAGACGAAAACAUUCAUAUUCAUAAUAGAAUUGUAUACUGGCCUGUUUUUAUACUCAAACAUGAACAACCACUGCUUUCAGAGUGACUCAUUAGGGUUAUUUUGAAGCAGGAAAUAGCCAUUUAUAUUUGCACCUGUGUAUAUUGCAUAUUAAUUAUGACAUACUUGGCAAGUGCUUUUCUUUUACCUGUGAAUAUUCUGAAAGCUGGUCCAAACAACACUGCAUACCAAAUUGUGCUCUUAUAUAUUACUGCAUCGUGUUCCUUUUUAAUCAAAUAGCAUGUUUUAGUUUUAUUAUAGUGGCUUGCUAUAAGAAUGCCACUUGCUUAUCUUUUAUUGUACUUGAAUUCUUAAUCAUGCUUUUAACAUUUUAUUUAACAAAUCGUUUCAUUAGGUUCUGUCAUUCCUUUGAAAAGGCAAGGAUUCCCACUUUCAGAAUUUUGAAAUGAAAAUAACAUGUUUAUUCAAAGAGGGAAAAUAGUUCAGACUUAGUAUUAUGAAAUAAGUAAAGGUUUCAGAAAAGGAUUUGUUUAGAUUUGCACAGAUGGUGAUGGCACCUUUUAUUAAAAAACAAUCAGCAGUGCUAAGGAAAUUUACGCAAAAGUACUAGAUAAAAGUGUGGAAAUGCGUGCCUUUCAGUGUAUGUACUCUUUUUUGGUGGUCGUUUGGAUAGUCAGACCAUUUGAAUGGCUGAGAGCACAUUUAAAUUCUGUGGAGCGCCACAUUUGGCUGAAACAACUCUUUAAUGUGCAAUUAGUUUCUAGAGUAAAAUGUCUGUUAUAUGAGGGGGAUCUUUAUAUUGGGCUUUUAUAUUUUUUUAAAUGUUCACAUUUCUUUCUAUUAAAUGCCACCAUAAUACCACGUUUAUAUUGUUGCCUCUCUUAAAAUCAAAGCCACCUUGAUGUUAUUCUUUUAGGGAUACAUCAAGAUUUGAGCAGUGUGUAUAGUGAUUAAAAUGUGUUCUUGAAGAGCAUACUGUAAUCGACUGGCUUGGACAGCAAGAACAUAAAAAUAUAAUAGCUUUUGUAUAAAGAUUUUCUUUUGCUAUAUGAAAAUCAAGGAUUUGGUUUUCUUUUUUUUCUGGCUUUUAUGGAGGAAUGAAGAGGGUUAUCUCCUUCUAAGAGUAAUUUUUGAUUAUCUUAUAGCAAUAACGUCACCAUUCUUUUCAGAAGAUAAAUACACCUUGUAUAGGAAAUCAGACAUAAUUUUCUUGGGAGUCCCCUUUAUAACUUAGCUUUUUCUUCCACUUGAGAAAAUUCCUAUAUUUUCAGAUUAUUUCAUCUUGAACUUUUUUGAGCUUUUGUGCAAUGUAAUAUUUUAUUGAUCCAUCUUUGUACAUUUUCAUUUUAUUUCAUAUGUCUAUUUCCCACCUAUCUGUCUGAAUCAGCUAUUUCAGAUUUUGAAUUCAUUGGUUAAAAAAUAGUUACUUUAUAUAUCUCCUCAUGGGUUUAUUUUAAAUAGUUUUGCAUUUUAAUCUAUUGUGCUAUGGAAAUUAUUCUGAAGUUUGUAUUCCCUUUUUAAGCCUGCCUUAGUCUGUUUUUUGUCAUUUUUUUAUGGUUUAAGGAAGAGCACACCAAACUUGAUAUUUUUGUUUAUUUUGAGGAACAAGAUAAACUUGUUUUUUUCUUCUCUCUUAAGGGAAGAACUACAUUGAGUUAGUAGCUACUAUUUCAAGUUUCCUUAAAUCAUCCAGUAUGUAUCAGGGCUACAAUUGGGGGGAGGGGCUAAUCCUUUUUGCUGUUCUGAGCUACUAUUGUCAACUGCUGUUGUACAUACUGUUAUGUGUAAGGGCGUAAAUAUAUUUAUUAUGUUUGUAAAAUUCAUUCUGUACAAUUGCAGAUCAAGUUUGCUCUUCUGUGAUAUAUGGGAUAUUAUGUUUUAAAGACCAUCUUGGAAUACAAUUAGAGAACUUAGUAUUUUGAUGUACUAAGACCUAUUUUAAGUUUAAUAUUUUACCUUUGCAAAAACUUUAAUUAAAGAUGUUAUUUAAAAAAAGUAAUGCUGCUUGCUUUGCUUACUAGUUUAUAACAUUGUUAUAUAGAUAACUGAAUAAAACUAUACAGUUUAGAAAGGAAAAUGCUUUACAUUGUUAGUAAGUUCCAUUUAUCAAAAGAAGGUAUUAAAUUCUGUACCUUUAAAAUAAAUAGGGUGGGAUAUCAGUCUGAAUAUUAAACUGUGUUAUAAAUUCUUAGUAGCUUUUAAAGAGAAUAGUUGUGAUUUCUAGGCACACAGGAAUUUAAAUUGGGCUAAAUUCGCACCAACAAAGUGUAGCUAAAAUUGAUUAUAAUUAACAUACUGUAUUAAGUGAGUAUUUCUACUCCAAAGAAUAGAUUACUUAGGAUAAAAUUAUUUGAGAACAUACUUGUUCUUUAAUUCCACCAUUUAGCCAUAUGUUUUUCUUUUAGUUCAGAGUUUGUAAAUAAUUGCAUAAAAGGAGAAUCAGAUUAUUAAGGCUUGUAUUACAUAUUGAAUAUAUUUUGUGUUAUUUUAGAAGGUAUUAAAUAAUUAGCAAGUAUUUUAAUUUAUAGUUAAUUCAAAUGAAUCAUUAAGAAGCUUGCUUUUUUGUAAUUUUUUAAUCCUGUUAUGGACUACUUUAUCUAGGAAACAUGCAAAUUUUAACCAUUAAAACAAUCAUAAUAAAGAUAUUUUGUUUAU